AUGAACUCUAUUAUGGCUUUCCUCUUUUCUUGUCUUGUUGUAUCUCUGAUUACCUCCACCAUCUCUUUUUCUAGUAACGAGACCGAUUAUCAGGCUUUGUUGAAGUUCAAGUCAAUGAUCAGGAAUGAAGAAGCUCUAAGCUCAUGGAACGCUUCCUCUCAUUUCUGUGAUUGGAUUGGUGUUUCAUGCGGGAAAAGUCACAGAAGAGUGACUGCUGUAGUACUGAAGUCGCGGGGCCUACAAGGCGUGUUGUCUCCUUAUGUAGGGAACCUCAGCUUCCUUCGUCUGUUUUCUCUAUGGAACAACACCUUUCAAGGAACCAUCCCUCAUCAACUCGGCCAUCUAUCCAGGUUACGUUUCCUCCAACUUAGCCAUAAUAACUUCACGGGAGUCAUUCCAACUAACUUAUCUGGUUGUUCUAAACUUGAAAAGCUUGGACUCGGUGAUAACAAGCUAGUUGGAAGCAUACCAGAAGAGAUCAGUUUCCUCUCCAAACUUAAUUUUAUUUCAGUUAGUUAUAACGAGUUAACAGGUGGAAUCCCGCCUGCCUUGGGGAAUAUAACAUCGAUGGAAGUGUUUGAUGUAACGAAUAAUCCGUUGGGUGGGAGCAUUCCGGACACCUUAGGCCAUUGGAAAAGCUUAACUCAGUUUGACUCUGGUAUUUGUAACUUAUCUGGAACCAUCCCUCCUUCCAUUUUUAACCUCUCACUCCUAACCGAUUUUUCCUUGGCUGAGAAUCAGCUUACCGGUAGUCUUCCCUCAGCCUUAGGCGAAAUGCUCCCGAAUCUUGUGUUUCUUCAGUUACGGAAUAACAAACUGACCGGACCUCUUCCACCCUCGAUAUCUAAUUGUUCGAAACUAGUAGACAUUCAACUGAGCUACAACAAUUUUAGUGGGAAGUUGAAUAUCAACUUUGAAAAACUAAAAAAUAUCUAUAGAAUACACUUGGGUGAUAACACCUUUGGAGUCGGAAGAGAAUCAGAUGAUAUGCAGUUUAUUAAUACUUUAAAAAACUGCAGCAGAUUAGUUUCGUUGGAUCUUCAUAAUUGCAAGUUUCAAGGAGUGUUGCCCACAUCAAUUGGUAAUCUAUCUGAUCAAUUUCGUAGACUAGUUCUAAGAGGAAAUCAUUUAUAUGGAAACAUCCCUUCAAGUAUAGGUAAUCUAGUUGGCUUGACCCAACUAGAUUUAGCAGAUAACCAUUUCAAUGGAGAAAUCCCCUCUACGAUCGGUAAGCUUUACAAGCUACAAGAAACUUAUCUAUUUGAGAACCAAUUUUCUGGGCCAAUUCCAGAUGCCAUAGGGAACUUAUCAUUGUUAAAUAGACUUGCUUUAGAUUCCAAUAGAUUGGAAUGGCAUAUUCCAUCAAACCUGGGAAAUUGUCAUAAUCUAUUGGAGUUGUGGCUUAAUGAUAAUACACUCAGCGGUACAAUACCUAAAGAACUUCUUCAAAUUUCAUCUCUAACCAUUAUGUUAAAUCUUUCUCAAAAUAGCCUGUCAGGGUCACUUCCAACAGAGGUUGGCGAACUCAAGAUGUUGACUUCUCUAGAUUUGUCUAAUAAUAAUUUAUCAGGUAGCCUUCCUAGUAGCCUUGGUAGUUGCACUAGCCUUUCAUUCUUAUCCCUCAAAGGCAACUUCUUUAUGGGCAUGGUACCCUCAUCAUUAAGUUCCAUGAAAGGAGUUAAGACACUCGAUCUUUCCCAUAAUAAGUUAUCAGGAAGUGUUCCUCAAUUCUUGGAACGGUUCUCAUUUGAAUAUGUAAACCUUUCCUUUAAUGAUUUUGAAGGCUUUGUGGUGGCUUGGCUGAACUUGGGUUGCCCAUGUGCAAGGAGACAUGGAAAAAUAAAAAAACCGCUUCCUUUAUUCGUAACAGUCAUUAUUAUUGCAUCCACCCUUCUCAGUAUUUUAUUUUUUACGUAUGCUUGGUGCAAGAAAAGGAAGGGCCAACCCUCCCAAUCAUCAAGAGAUGAACGCUUUAUGAGAAUAUCAUACGGUCAACUUCUCAAGGCCACCGAUGGAUUCUCCGAAGCCAACUUGAUUGGAGAGGGUGGGUUUGGCUUUGUCUAUAAAGGAAUCCUAGAUCAUGAUCAUAAUAGAAUCGUUGCAGUUAAAGUCCUUCAUCUUCAAAACCGAGGUGCUCACAAAAGCUUUAUAGCGGAGUGUGACGCAUGGAGGAGCAUUCGACACCGGAAUCUAUUGAAGAUAAUAACUUCAUGUUCAAGUGUUGACUUUCAAGGAAAGGACUUCAAAGCUUUGGUAUACGAGUUCAUGCCCAAUGGAAGUUUAAAUGACUGGUUGCAUUCACGUGAAAGUACAUCCAGACUAAACCUUCUCCAAAGAACAAAUAUUCUCAUCGAUGUCGCAUCCGCACUUGAUUAUCUUCACAAUCAGUGCCUACCACCCAUCGUUCACUGCGACUUGAAGCCUAGCAAUAUUCUACUGGAUGAUGAUAUGGUGGCCCAUGUUGGGGACUUUGGUCUGGUUCGAUUUCUUGGAACAAAGUCAAACCAAAACAAUACAAGUGACAUCAGAGGAACAAUUGGGUAUGCACCACCAGAGUAUGGUGUUGCGAGUGAGAUGACAAGUAGUGGGGAUGUCUACAGCUUCGGAAUACUAUUGUUGGAGGUGAUGACAAGAAAAAGGCCGACAGACAACAUCUUUACGGAAGGUCUAAGUCUUCAUAAGUUUGCACAAAUGGCAUUGCCAAACCAUGUAACCGAUGUUAUUGAUGACAACCUUCUGAAUUUUCUUCAAGAGGAUGCUAUUGCUACGCAACAUACGAUAGCAAAGGCAAAGAAAAUAGAGGAAUGCCUGGCUUUGACGGUCAAGAUUGGAGUAUCAUGCUCUGUGGAUUCCUCACGACAUCGGAUGAACAUCCAAAAUGUUGUUCGUGAGUUGCAGCAUAUUCUAGAUACACUUCGAAAAAUAUUCGAGGUGUCUUAUUAGUCAAACUUUUGGGUGUUAAUUAGUUGUUAAAAAUUGAUGGAUUUGUGUAUGUGAUGAACCUUGUAUUUCGGUGGAGUAAAAUGUGAAAUAAAAUGGAAUUAAG